UAUAUAUCUAAUUUUAUCUUUUCAACUCUUCGUGAUUACAUUUUUGUCACCACUUUGACUUAUUUCAUCAUAUUUACGACAAACUACCUUUUGUUGUUGAAAAAGUUUUACUAACACCUCCCCUAGACAAAAGAUUGGUUUCUUCGUUUGUUUUGUUUUAGUCAAGACGUUCCUUCCAGCUCCAACAAACGAAACAGCUUUCAAAUCGAAUAAGUUUUGUUGUAUACUUUUAACAAGGUUGUUUAUUAGAAGGCUUAUCGUCUCUUAACGUUACAAACACCACAUGAUUGGUCAGCAUUAUCGGAAAGAAAUCAUUUAAAGUCACCGAUAAAGCCAUUUUAGGCUGCCGUUAAGGUAACAUCGACAUUUUUUUUUGUCUUCAUCGUAAAUUCAUAUAGUUGGCAAGAUAACGAAGGAAUUCUUAUCAUUCAAUUUGGAUCUUGAAUUUGUGGAUUGAAACAAUAUAACACGCUUCUUGAAUACGUCAAAAGAACCAUACAGGUAAUAUGGCGCGUGAUCAAAUGUUUUGACAUGCAUUCAGACCACAUGUUAUGAUCGUUGGUUGUCACGGCCAAAGAAACAGUCGGUUAGAAAUUAUAUUUUCAGAUUUACCCGCCUUUUCAUCGCCAUUUAGGCAGUUAGACAGCCGCACAGAUCCUAAAACUUGUUAUUUACUUGAGCAGCCAUGUUACCUCUUGUUCUUGCACCUUGGCUUAUACAGUAAUUCUUUGAACCCUUUACACCUCAAUAACAGUAUGCAAAUUGUCCAUACUGUUCUUAAUACUUUUUCACUGGGACUUACAAGGAGAAUUUGGGUAACAAUCAAGAGCUACUUGAGUAGGAAUCAUUUCCUUUAUUCUCAUAUCCUUCAAUGUUUGAUUCAGAGGUGAUGUGUUUGGAGAAAUAUGAUUCUUAUCACUUGUACGGUAGGGAUUCAAGGGUUACUCAACUUCCCAGACCAUGCUUUAUUGUCAAAUUACAGUUCACUAUCAAUUUGCACAGUAUGCUAUCACUAGUUUGUUGUUUGACUGAUUUUUGUUUUUCAGGAAUAUCACCAGUUACAAGAUCAUUGAAUGAACUGCUAGAUUGCUUGUUUGAGGAGCUGGCCUCACAUAAACCUCAUAUAAAUUAUGGGUGGUGCUGUUAGUUCAGGACAAGACAAUGAUGAGUUGAUUGAUAACUUAAAAGAAGCAAACUACAUCAAAUCACCAGAGGUUGAACACGUCCUUCGUGUAAUAGACAGAGCGAACUAUUUUCCAGAAGGAACAAAACAACAUGCGUACAAAGAUUUGGCGUGGAAGAGUGGUAAUGUGCAUUUGUCAGCUCCUUGUAUUUACUCUCAAGUUUUAGAAUCUCUUGAAUUAAAAGAAGGAUUAUCAUUUUUGAACCUUGGAAGUGGAACAGGUUAUCUAUCAACCAUGAUUGGAUUGAUUAUUGGUGCAAAUGGAGUUAAUCAUGGAGUUGAAUUAUAUGGUGACGUUGUUGAGUUUGCAGAAACAAAACUCAAAGAAUUUUUGCGGACUAAUCCAGUAUACCAAGGAACCAACUUUUGUGAACCAGUGUUUAUUGUUGGCAAUUGUUUGUGUUUAAAUGCACACUAUAGACAGUAUGACCGUGUAUAUUGUGGAGCUGCCUGCCCUUCUGAAUAUGUGGAGUACAUGAAGUCAUUAGUGAAAAUUGGAGGAAUUUUGGUCAUGCCCUUUAAUGAGAAGCUGUUUAGAAUGCGUCGAACUGGUGACACUGAAUGGGACAUUGAAGGACUACUACCAGUGUCUUUUGCCCCACUCAUAAACUGCAAGGAUGACAAGAAGGACUUUCCUCAGUUUAUUGAAAUACCAACACAUCCAAGGUACCUUCAAGACCUCUGCAGACUUGUGAUAAGAAGAACUCUUGGUCCAGAUGGGGUGAAACAACUCUGCGACUUACCUCUUCCUCCUGCACUUGUUAUGUAUCUGAACUACUUCCAUGAAUUGAGGCAAGAAUAACCAAAACAAGUUGACUGAUGUAAAUCCAUUCUAAGCUUUAAUUGGGGGAGGUGAGAAUGGAAGCAUCAUCUGUGAGGGCUCCACAGGCAAAAGCCUGUCUCCCUUCAUCUCUAAUCCUGACUGAGGUAACUCUCUGUGGGUAUGUGAGAGUUCUCAAGAAAAAGGCUUUUGCAUGAUGGCCAUCUAGCAGACUGGGACAGACUAGUGAUAAACGACAAAAAGUUAGUCUGAUAUAUUACUUAGUUGGGUUACAGGGAAAGAUGGAAGAGGGUGCUUUUUGGGGCGCUGCAGAAGUGGGGUUAUUUAAGGACUCUUCAGACUCUUAUUCUGGGCCCAGGAAAUAGAAAUCAACCAAUUUUCAAGGAAACUGAUCCAAGGUUUUUGAAGAAUCUUCAACUUAAAGCAACUAGAAAAGCAUUCCUUUUUCUGAACUUCCCCAGUCUGUCUGCCAAAUCUUCAAAAGUCAAAUGUGCAAGGUUAAUCAUAGAGGACUGGAUUAAAUAUGCACAGUAAACAUACUAAAACAUUUCCUGGGAUGGUCCAAAAAUGGUUCUAGAAACUCAAUAGUUUUGGCAACCUGACAGUGUUCAAGGUUUAAGGAAAAGCAUGAUCAUUUGCAAAGAUUUCUCUCCGGUUAGAGUGGUAAUUUAUUGAAACCUUUCUUACUUGAUUCAUAUUUCUAAAUUAUUUCAUUCAGUGCUGUAAUAGUGCAAGUAGUAGGUUAGGCAUGAGAAAUAAUUAUAACCAUUGCUUGUAGUUUUAUAUUCACGAACGUGCUUGUCUCUACAUUUUUCUGUUGAAACAAUUUUGUAAAUACAUGCUGAUAGUGUAUUUAUUUGAGUCAAUGUCCGCUAUUUUCUUUCUUCUCUGUAUUACUUUACCCAUGCAGUAGUGUAAAUCUUUUUCUUUAGUUUCAAAAUGUUGAUAUUGAGAAGUAAGGCCUCUAUCACCAAAUUGAAUGGUGGUUGUGUUUUGGUGCUGUGUUCCAUGUGAUUAAUUUUGAAUUGAAAAGCAUAUGUAAGUGUUGCUGUUAGUCCUCAUUAUUUUGAUAUGCAGUGCUCUGCUAUCCCUGCAACAAAUUUUCUAGAAAGCACAGGGGUGCAUCUCAAGGUUAAUUAGGUGUGUGAAAAAAAGGUAUUGCAUGUGUAAUGUAAAACCAGACUGAAGGAGUUUAAGACCUUAGGGCUUAAGAUCUAAAAGAAAAUGGACUUGAUGUGCACCCAACUUCCAACUUUAAUUUCCAACUCAAAUUUGCUAUUGAGUAUUGCAUUUAUCAAGUGUGCAUUUCUUCUGGUUUGGUUUCAGCUAUUUAAUCUCAAUUGGGUGAUGGUAAUGUAUUAAAAUGUGAAAGCAACAA